AAGGGGGUGAGAAAAAGAGGAGAGAGAGAGAGAGAGAGAGAGAGAACGAUCGUGCGGUAUCGAGAGGACUGGCUGGCUCCAUGUUGUGAGCGUCUGAGGACUGCCGAGGGCAGCAACGAAAGGGCGGGGUAGGGUGUCGCCGUUAUGGAGUACGGUGGCGGGGGCGGCGGGGGACGCGGGGGUGUCCAGCCACCCUCCGCGGGGGCGAGGGGCAUCGCCGGCACCGACACUACCGACGCUGCGUGGCACAAACACGAGCAGAUGAUGCUCAUGGAGUCCAGGCACAAGCAACAAUUGAGCGGGAGGCCGGGGACCGGCGGUGCGCCCCUUUACGGACGUUUGGUGGCCGAGGAACCCAUGCCCCCCGCGGUAUGCGGCGGGGGUGGUGCCACCGGCGGCGGGGCGGCCGGCGGGGUUUCGCAGGAGACCCCCUCGGACAUUCACGCCAUGCAGGCCAGGAUACCCCACAGGUUUCGCGAUCCAGCGACGGCGCCUCUCAGGAAACUCAGCGUCGACCUCAUCAAGACGUACAAGCACAUCAACGAGGUUUAUUAUGCGAAGAAGAAACGGAGAGCUCAGCAGAUGCAAGGGGAGGAUGGUUCGCAUAAAAAGGAGAGGAAACUCUAUAACGACGGCUGGGAUGACGAUAAUCACGAUUAUAUCAUCAAGAAUGGGGAAAAGUUCCUCGAUCGAUAUGAGAUCGAUUCAUUAAUAGGUAAAGGCAGUUUCGGCCAAGUAGUGAAAGCGUUCGACCACGAGGAGCAAACGCAAGUGGCAAUAAAAAUCAUCAAGAACAAGAAGCCUUUUCUAAAUCAAGCGCAAAUCGAAGUUAGGCUAUUGGAAAUGAUGAACAGAGCGGAUACCGACAACAAGUAUUAUAUAGUUAAACUGAAGAGGCAUUUUAUGUGGCGGAAUCACUUAUGUCUGGUAUUCGAGCUGCUAUCGUAUAAUCUAUAUGACCUACUUAGAAAUACAAAUUUCCGAGGAGUGUCAUUGAACUUGACGAGAAAGUUUGCACAGCAACUGUGUACUGCCCUCUUGUUCCUGUCUACGCCGGAAUUGAACAUCAUUCACUGUGAUCUGAAACCCGAAAACAUCCUUUUGUGCAAUCCCAAACGAAGUGCGAUAAAGAUAGUCGACUUCGGUAGUUCGUGUCAACUUGGACAAAGAAUAUACCAGUAUAUUCAGUCCAGGUUCUACAGAUCUCCGGAAGUCCUAUUAGGAAUACCUUACGACCUCGCGAUAGACAUGUGGAGUCUGGGAUGUAUUUUAGUAGAAAUGCACACGGGAGAACCUCUGUUUAGUGGGGCCAACGAGGUCGAUCAAAUGAACAAAAUCGUAGAAGUACUAGGAAUGCCGCCGAAACAUAUACUGGACCAAGCGCACAAGGCGCGGAAGUACUUUGACAAAGUCCCCACGGAUGGCUCGUACGUGCUGAAAAAGUCCAAGGACGGUAAAAAAUACAAACCUCCCGGCACGAGGCGCUUGCACGAUAUUCUAGGUGUCGAAAGCGGCGGCCCCGGCGGAAGGAGGAUAGGGGAACCGGGUCAUUCGAUUUCCGAUUAUCUCAAGUUUAAAGACCUAAUAAUACGGAUGUUGGACUUUGACCCGAAGACGAGAGUGACGCCGUAUUAUGCGCUUCAGCACAACUUCUUCAAAAGAACAGCCGAUGAGGGGACCAACACGAAUAUCGCUGCUGCUAAUAGUGCGAGCACGAGUCCGGCAGUGGUGUCGAUGAGCCAGGAUCAUGGACUGGUAACCAUGUCGGGACAGGGCAGCGGCGGCAGCAGCAGCGGCGGCAGUAGUCUGCAGAUGCAAGCGUCGAGUCUACCUGGUGGCUACCAACCGAUGGACUGCGAGUCCUCGCCCCGUCACUCGGGCAGUCGGCGUGCCAUCACAACGGGCUACCCGUCGACCUCGUCAGCCACCGGGGGUGUGCCCGCAUCGUCCGCCCCGAUGUCCAUGCAGUCUAUGGACAGCUCCCUGAUACAGAGCUCUCUCGGAUCGUACAAUAGCCUAAUUCUUCCCGGUAUACCCCAUCUGCCUGCGAUGAUGACCUCGCCGAUGAUUCAGCAGCAGAACUUCUACAACUACGGCUACUCGACGACCGAUACGCACGGGAUGGUCAGACAGCCAUCGACAGUGUCGACUGGUAACCAGCGAGAUCCGGAGAGAGAGGAUAGCCCGAUGGUUGGAGUGUGCGUCCAACAGAGCCCGGUCGCUAUCCACUGAGAUGGAGAGAGAGAGAGAGAGAGAGAGAGAGAGAGAGAGAGAGAGAGAGAGAGAGAGAGAGA